AUGAAUCUUUCAACUCGUAUGCACGACGGGACUGUCACCCCCAGUAGUGCGGAUCCCAUCUAUGGGCUUAGCCGAACCCCAAACUCGUUGGCUUCGGUCACUGGCGGGGCUAUGAGUAGCUCUCCCCAUACUGUGACCUCAGGAGCGGCAGUCAUCAUGAGGCCUGCUGAAAGAUACCAGCGGACUCCGAAAUGUGCUCGUUGCAGAAACCACGGCGUAGUGUCGGCACUAAAGGGACAUAAACGUUACUGCAGGUGGCGGGACUGUGGAUGCGCCAAAUGUACUUUAAUCGCCGAACGGCAGCGAGUUAUGGCAGCCCAGGUAGCUCUCCGACGCCAGCAGGCCCAGGAAGAGAACGAGGCCCGUGAGUUAGGUAUCCUCUAUGGUUGUCACGACGGUCUUUUUGCUCUACAUCGCGCCGGUUUGACCUUUUCUGCUGCUAUGACCCAGCUUCUUAACAGCCAACAGGGACGCAGUUCGACCUCCACUGAUCAGUCUUCCGGAGGAGUGACCACUGAACCACGUGAUCCAGACUGGAAACGGCCAAGACUUUCUCUGGACAUUCCAACAACAAAUCCUGAUGACCCAAAAGAAGUCUUGCAGCCAGAGGCGUCAGUGUGCUCUGAAAAAACCGAAUCAGACUCCGAUACCGACUUGGCCAGUUUAGAACCUAAAGACAAACAUCAGCUUCCCGUAACCACAUCAGUAAUGACCAAUAGCAGCUAUUCUCCGCAGAAGUUGGAUAGAAUUUCAGACCCGCUGGUUGAAGAAACAUCGACCCCCGCUAUUCAUUGGACGGAACCGAAAAUUCAGGCGAAUAACACCAAAAACAAAGAAAACAGUUCUUCGGCUAAACAUAAAGAAAAAUCUCCCGUUGAUGUUCUUUCUAGAAUCUUUCCAAAAGAAAACCGAAGUUUCCUGACCUUGGCGUUGCAACAGGUCAACGGUGACGUGCUUCAAGUAAUUGACAAGCUCCUUGCUUCUCAAGCUGGGGAAGUAGAAAAAAAAAGAGAGCGACCCUUUGGAAAGAAGUGACGAUUCUCCUGUUUCUGAUGCUCCAAAAGAGCUUCUUACUCCACGAUCAAAGCGUAACGAUU